AUGUCGUCCCAAGUCAAUAAUGAUAGCUUCAAGCUUGAGAACCUCUUCGGCAUGAAGGGCAAGGUUGCCCUCAUCACCGGUGGCGGAUCAGGCAUUGGUCUAAUGGCCACUCAAUCUCUCGCAGUGAACGGUGCGAAGGUCUACAUCACCGGCCGUACUAAAGAGAAGCUCGACCGUGUAGUUGAGCUCUACGGGAAGGAUAUUCCCGGCGAGAUCAUUGCCAUUCCUGCCGAUGUCACUUCGAAGGAGUCAAUCCAGAAUCUAGUUGACGAGAUCUCCUCCAAGGAAUCUAAACUGCACAUCCUUAUCAACAAUGCCGGUAUUAGUUCUGCAAAGCAGAACACUGACCAUGAAGAUCCCCAAAAGCUCCAACAAGAACUAUUCCACAAUACAAGCAAAGUCAGCGAUUGGGAAGAUGUCAUGCGAACCAAUGUGAUGCAGCUAUUCUUCGUCACUACCGCCUUCCUCCCCUUGCUCAGUAAGGGUACUGAGGAUACACCUGCGUGGUCUAGCACGGUGAUCAACAUUUCGUCGAUCUCCGGUAUCAUCAAAGCGUCGCAGCAUCAUUUCGCUUACAAUGCAAGCAAGGCUGCCGCCAUUCACCUCACCAAAAUGCUCGCUCAUGAGAUCGCUGACUCGGGUUUGAAGAUCCGAGUGAACAAUAUCGCUCCUGGAGUCUUCCCUUCGGAAAUGACUGCCAAGGAGAGUGAUGAUAAGCAGAAGAGCGAGCUUUCAAAAGAGAAGUACGAGAGUAAGGUUCCUGCCGGGCGACCUGGAAAAGAUGAGGAUAUGGCUGGAGCUGUGCUUUUCACUGUUUCAAAUCAAUAUCUGAACGGGCAGACCAUCGUCGUUGAUGGUGGUUAUGUACUAGCGACUGGGUCAGUCUAA